GUGAGCGAGCGCGUUUAUAGAACGUUCUGGCCGUUCUUCCGUGAACAGAUUUUAUAUGUGGAAAAAAUCAAAAGGUUAAAAAUAAGUAGUCCUAAGAUGCAAACGCUCACUCCCCAUGUAUAUUGGGCACAGCGACAUAAGGAAAUAAACCUGCGAGUGGAGUUGAUAGACGCACAGAACAUUAAUAUCAAAGUGCAAGACAAUGUCCUUACAUUUAGGGCCCAGGGUCAUGGUGCAAAAGGAGAGAAUAAUUAUGAGUUCAGCUUGGCAUUUCUAAUGCCAGUAAAACCAGAGUGUGUCCACAGAUCCACCCAGCGCCAGGUGAAUAUAACACUAAAGAAGAAGCAGCGCAGUUGGUGGGACAGGCUGACUCUGGAAGCGCGCAAGCCUAUCUUUCUGGCCCCGGACUUUGAUCGCUGGAUAGACGAGUCCGAUGCAGAAAGGGAAAUAUGUGAAAAGGAGGAGAGAAAAACCAGGCUCCGGAGAGAUUCAGUGAAUUCAGAGAUAUCAUUUGUAAGUCUGACGAAGGGCCUCCUGUUCAUAUACAACCUAGUCCAGUUCCUUGGUUUCUCAUGGAUAUUCGCCAACCUGACUGUGCGUCUCUUCAUCUUAGGCCAGGAUUCAGUCUAUGACACAUUUCACACCAUUUCGGAUGUCAUGUUCUUCUGCCAAAUAUUGGCCGCUGUAGAAGUACUCAAUGCUGCUUUUGGUGUGGUCAAGACAGGCGUUAUUCCUACUCUCAUCCAGGUGGUUGGAAGAAAUUUCAUCCUCUUCAUCAUUUUUGGGAGCGUGGAACAGAUGCAUAAUAAACCAGUGGUGUUCUUUGUUUUCUACUCAUGGAGCGCCAUAGAAAUUUUCCGGUACCCAUUUUACAUGCUGGGCUGCAUUGACACAGAGUGGAAAAUGCUCACUUGGCUGAGGUACACCAUCUGGAUACCUUUGUAUCCACUGGGGGUGCUAGCUGAAGCUGUUGCUGUGAUCCAGUCCGUUCCAAUCUUCUAUGACACUAAGCUGUUCAGCAUCCCUCUGCCUAAAGUCCUGGGCACAUCGCUCAGCUUCUCCUACAUCCUGCAGGUCUACUUGGUUCUUAUGUUUUUGGGGCUUUUCAUUAAUUUCCGCCACCUCUACAAGCAGAGGAAGAGGCGGUUCCGUACCAAGAAGAGGAAAGAAAACUGAGAUCACUGUCCGACAGAAGUUUCUAAUACCUUUGCUGCCUGCCUG